AACAGCCGUUAGACAGCCGUUAGGUGUCGUUGGCAGCUUGGAUUGCUUAUUUCAGACCUCCUAACUGGCAACCCUGAAGCUAGCUUCCCCCUUCUACAUUAACAUCUCAAGCUCACUGCUGUAGUGUUAUUAUUGCUUUUACAAACACAUACAUUAUCUUUUGGUAAACGUACAGUGGUGACGCUGAGAUUCGGGUUUCUGAGUUUAAGCUAACGUCGUAUUUUUUUUAAUCUGCCAUGAAUGAGGAAUCUUCUUGCAAAUGCCCUGACCAUGGCACCCUGUCUGAUCAUUUACCUGAAGCCAACCAUGGACGGCAACAUGGGAGCCAACCCAGUGAUGACAACGUAAGUGACGAAUGCCUUCACAGGGAUGGAAGUCACUGUGGAAAUAAUCCUUCGCUUGGACAUGACAACAUAAGAAACGACUACAUGUGAAAUAGUUUCACAACAGAUAAAAACUGAAGAUGAGAAGUGCGGAAAGUGCGGAGUUGCUUCAGAGGUUGUAGCUGAAUUUCCUUGGAUUCUCAUACAGCCAGAAAAAGUUAGAUUGUUUAGUGAUGACUGCAGCAGAAAAACCAGAUACCAGACCCACAAAGGCAGGAAACAUUUCUGUCAACUCUGUUAAAAAGAAUUCAGUACUUAAAGUCGUCUGCGCCAAAACACCAAGAAACAUCAUGGAGGAAUCAAACCGUACAAAUGUAUCUAUUGUCCGAAAAGUUUUACUUGAUUGUCCACCUAUGAAGCCACACUAGAGAGAAGCCUUUCUCUGAUGUGAAGUCUCAUCUGAAAACACACACUAAAGAGACAGCUGUCAUGACCAAUGUGCAGCUAGAAGAGGAGGCAGCUGGUGUUCUGAUCAACUCAGGAGGAGAAGAGUUAGAACAGGAUCCUGCCAACUCUGGAGACAUUCCUGAUGUGCAUCAAACUGAUGAUCAGCAGCUGGGCAGAUGCACGGAUUGGUCUUGCUGCCAAGUGUGUGGCAAGAAAUUCCCGAACAGCAGAGCCCUACAACGACAUCAGAGGAUGCACACAGGAACCAGACCUCACAAAUGUUCCCAAUGUGGGAAAGGGUUUAAUUUCCUGAACAGACUGAAGAGACACCUUUUAAUCCACACCAAAGACAAACCUUCUACCUGUCCAGUGUGUAACAAGAGAUUCUCCCACAAGGACAGACUGAAGGAACACCUCGGUAUACACGGAUGGUCACCUGAAGUUUUGGAUGGAGGAGAACCUGCUGGAAGCCUGAUUACCUCAGAUGUUAACAUGGACAGGAAUCCUGAGGGUACGGCUCCUGGUGUUACAUCAUUACCUGGUGACACGCACACAGCUACACCAACCGAACCUGAACCCAACCGUUCUCUGAAAACAGCAACGCACGGGAAACGUCAGAAGAAAACUGAGGCUGAGAAGCUCUUCAGCUGCACAGAUUGCGGCAAAGACUUCCAGAGCGUUUACGCCAGAGACCGCCAUCUGAGAGAGAAACAUGGCAAACACUCGCUUCACAAGUGCAGCGACUGUGGACAGACUUUUAGAGCCAAUCGAAGUUUGAUAGUUCAUCAGCGGAUCUACCAUCCAACACCGGCAGCGGCUGUGGAACCACAAGAAGAGCACAGGCCUCCAAAGACCUACAUUUGUUCAACGUGUGGAAAGCAGUUCCCUACUAGUGCCUCUCUGAAAAGGCACCUUAUUAUUCACUCAGGGAAGAAACCGUACAAGUGCACUUUGUGUGGAAGAGGUUUCACACAGAUUGGAAACCUCAAAACACACCAGAAGGUUCAUAAAGGAAAAUCUAUCAACACGGCAGCUUUAGAAAACACUUCUGCUCAACCCGAAGAGGCUCAGUCAUCAGUGGAAACCUGUUUUUGUCACCUGUGUUGGACACAAUUUUCUGAAAAACAACUGUUAGAUGAACACAUGAAGCAAGUCCAUGAAUCAAAGAAACAAUUCUCCUGCACACAGUGUGGCAAGAGAUUCACGUAUAUCCAGAAACUAAAAGAACAUGAGGCUGGACACAAGGGUCUGAAGUCCUACCAGUGCUCGCAGUGUGAUAAAGGUUUCCAGACCUCAAAGGGACUAGAGAACCACAUGCGAGAUCACACGGGAGAGAAACCUUUCCCGUGCGUUAUAUGUGGUAAAAGAUUUAAGCAGGAGUCUACUCUGAGAGCCCACUACGUGACGCAUUCUGGAGAGAGGCCUCACCUCUGCUCCAUCUGCGGUAAACGUUACGCGAGAACCGAAGAGCUCAAAGUUCACCUCAGAGUUCAUACGGGAGAAAAACCGUACCAGUGUGACAAGUGUGGGAAGAGUUUCUACUACAGGCAAGGCUUUAACAACCAUAAGAAGACUCACAACGCCAAACCCAUAGGGCCCACCAGGCAGCUCGGCAGACCCAGACAGCAGGGGAGUCCCAGGAAGACGGGCGGGCUCGAGAAGGUCUCACAGAGCGCUCUGCCUGACUCAGAUGGAGAAGACCCGACCUGGGAGCCUCCUGAUGUCGGAAGGAGCCCUCAUCAUCACCAUGGCGACCAAGGAAAUCAUGCUGCAGAGAACCAGGUCCAGACGUCUCCAUGGAACUUUGCUCACUACCUGUCAUUCAACUCGUGGGACCAAAACCCGAAUACAUCUAACUGGAGAGCAGCAGAGGGUGACCAGGAUUACAGUGGUCCAGGAGAGGGAGGCGUGAGUUUCAGUGCCUUGCUCAGGGGCACGACAGAUCAAGAGCACCUUGAGGAGAGCUGUCCAGCAGAGCAGCCCUCCUGGCCCUCUAGGACUUCCUCUGUGCCUCCACCUUCUCAGGUUGGGCUCGGUCCAUCUCACACACGUAACACCACGUCAAAGAAAAUGCACGUGAGCAAGAGUCCUGCAGAGAUAAAUCACCAUGAAGAUCAGACACCUGCAGCACAGGACCAGGAUCCCAGCACAGCACCUAUAGAAAAUUCAAGAAGAACAGAACCCGUCGAUGAACUCAGCAGCUCCAACGAGCAGCUUCAGGAAGAACCGUCAGAGGAGCCGAAACAACCCCAGGGGCCACGUAGACCCAAGAAGAGCUACGACUGUCCGACCUGCGGGAGAGCGUUCUCUCACAACGCCGCUCUGCAACGACAUCUCGUGAUCCACUCAGGGAAAAGACCUUUCAAGUGCUUCAUAUGCGGAAGAGGAUUCACCCAGAGUGGAAACCUCAAAACACACAUGAAAGUUCACAAAGGAGUGUUACCAAAUUGGACGUUAGUUCAAGAGAAGAGUGCCCCUAAAGAAUCUCCUGUAACAGUUCACAUGUGUGGAGAGUGUGGGAUGGACUUCCCUCAGAAACAACAGCUGGAAGAACACCGCGAGAGUCACAAGAAGCCUUACGCUUGUCCGCACUGUGACAAGACAUUCAAAAACGAGUAUUAUUUUAAACUACACAAGCGCAGUCACUCAGGAGACUCACCGUUUCUCUGCUCGGAGUGCGGAAAGAGUUGCCUCACAGCAGACAUACUUAAAAAACACGAGUUGACGCACACUGGAGAGAAGAACUACCACUGCGAGCAAUGCGGGAGGGCCUUCUCACAGGCCUCUCACCUCACCGGGCACCUCAAAACUCACAGCGGAGAGCGGCCUCACCUGUGUUCAAUUUGUGGUAAAAGUUACUCCAAGGCAUGUGCUCUCAAGGCUCAUCUGCGAGUUCACACUGGAGAGAAACCGUAUACUUGUGAGAAAUGUGGGAAGUGCUACUAUUACUCUCAAGGUUAUCGAAAGCAUCUGAAGAUUCAUGACAAGAAGCCAAAACCGCCAACAAAGCCGCUGGGCAGACCAAAACAACAGCUGUUAGUGGAAAAUAAUCACUAAAGUCAUCUGGGAAAGUUACAGUAAUCUGAGCAGACAUACAGGGAAAAAGUACAUCUUUUUUUUUUUACCAACUAUUACUAUGUGGAAAUAAAAUAUCUUUCAAGUGACUGAAGUAAUAGGUCAAGCAAUAUGAUAGUACUCUUAGGUACGUUAUUGUGUGUACAGUCGGCUCCAUUGUUACUUGUGUGGGACUUUGGUUUUUAAGAAAAUAAAUCAUGAUAUUGUGAA